AUGCAACCACAAAGUGAGAUUUUUAGAUAUGAAUUCUUCUAUGAACUAGUAGAAGUAGAACAUUGCAUGUUACAAAAUAAAUUAAUCAGAAGAAGAGAAAGAGGCGAUGUAUUAAAACGUAUUAAUCAAGUUACUA